AUGUCUCAAGAUGACUAUAAAAUAUCUGAAGAUUUAUUUCAAGUUAAUACAAUUAGUGAAAACUUAACUCAAGAAAGUUCUAAUUUAUUAUCAGAAAGAUUGCCUCAAGAAAGUUUCAAUGUAUUAUUAGAAGGAUCAUCUCAAGAUAUAGAUCUUGAUGAUUUAAAUACUGUGUUUGAUGAUAAUUUAGAUUUACAAGAAGAUAUCGAAUUUAUUGAUGAGCCAGAAAUAUUAGAUAUUGAAAUGGAAAAAAAAUAA